UCAGGCAACAGUGUCACGCAGUACAAUGAGCUGUCAAAAUAACAUGUCUCAUUCCUGUUAAGUAAUAAGAAAAGUGUUUUGCAAUAUUCUGAGCAAUGGAACCUGACGAAUUUGAACUGGAGGCCAAGCUAAGGUCACUGAGUAUAAGCGAAGAAACGGGUACAACAGACAACGAAAGAGAACAUCAAUUAGCUGAGUUGAUUGCAAAUUGCGUUGCCGACGUCGAACCCAGAGACAACCAACAAGAAGAUGAGAAGAAAGAAAUUACAGAUGAAACUAAAGAGGGCGAGCAGCAACCUACUUCUCUCAUUGUGACGAAUCUUCCCAAUGAAUUGUUUUUCCAACAGGAACUCAAGACGGAGCUGGAGGCCCUGUUCAGGACUUUUGAUGAAUCAGCCACUUUCCACUACCUGCGUAGUUUUCGCAGAGCCAGAGUAGACUUCUCAUCCAACAGUAUUGCCACCAAAGCCAGGGUCCAUCUGCAUCACACACCAUUUGGGGAUAGCGUGAUGAACUGCUUUUUUGGGCAGCCUCCAAUUGUCAACAAGAACUCACAGCAGUUUCUUCAGAUCCCUCCACCUGUCAGGCAGUUCCUUAUAUCCCCGCCUGCCAGUCCCCCUGUUGACUGGGCUCCUGCUCCAGAAUCGGAGCCUGUUGUCAACUUUGAUCUUUUGUCUGCCAUAGCUUCACUUGGCCCAGGUGAUAAACAUGAGCUGCUACCAGCAACUGAUAAUCAACCUGGAAUAGUUGUUCACAUUUGCGCUGACAUGGAUGGAAUUGGUCCUAAACAACACGUCAUCACGCAGACGCCGUGUCCAAAAAGAAAUUAGUCAUCCUAGCUAAAAAAAAAAAUCUAAUUCUCAAUUGAAUAUAAUUUAUUGUUGAAUUUAUUUACCGUAUUGUUUACAUUAUUGUUUUAAUAACUACCGUUUCGAAUAAAUGAAAAAGAUGGUGAACAAUA